GGGGCCGUGGUGCUGCAGUGCGAGUGGGAUGCGUGCACCUACGUGGCCUCGAAGAUGGAGGAGUUUUGCCAGCACGUGGCCCAGCACCUGCAGCAGCAUCUUCCUGGGGAACACCGGGACGAGAUGGACCCUCUCGAGGAAUACACGUGUUUGUGGCUCAUUCGCCACGUCUAUUUCCACUGCUACCACACCAAGCUGAAGCAGUGGGGGCUGCGGGCCCUGCAGAGCCAGUCAGAUGUGAGCCAUUGCCAGCUGGACUUCCAGAGCCGCAAUAUCAUCCCCGAGAUCCAGGAGAACUUUCUGUGUCUGUGGGAGUACUGUGAGAGAUCGUUUGAUAAUCCCGAGUGGUUCUAUCGGCACGUGGAGGAUCACAGCUUCUGUUCGGAGUACAAGGCAGCAGGGAAGGAGAACCACGUGGUCCUCUGUGGCUGGAAAGACUGCGAUUGCACCUUCAAGGGGCGCUGCAAACUGCGGGAGCACUUGCGCAGCCACACGCAGGAGAAGGUGGUGGCCUGUCCAACCUGCGGGGGCAUGUUCGCCAACAACACCAAGUUCUUUGACCACAUCCGCCGUCAGACUGCCCUGGACCAGCAGAGGUUUCAGUGCUCUCACUGCUCCAAGAGGUUUGCCACAGAGAGGCUGCUCCGUGACCAUAUGAGGAACCAUGUGAACCAUUACAAGUGCCCUCUGUGUGACAUGACUUGCCCGCUGCCCUCCUCCCUGCGCAAUCACAUUCGUUUUCGGCACAGCGAGGAGCGACCGUUCAAGUGUGACUACUGUGACUACAGCUGCAAGAAUCUCAUUGACUUGAGGAAACAUCUGGACACGCACAGCAAAGAGCCAGCCUAUCGCUGCGAGUUUGAGGCUUGCAGCUUCACUGCACGUUCCCUCUGCUCCAUCAAACUGCACUACCGGAAAGUCCAUGAGGGUGACUCAGAGCCCCGGUACAAGUGCCAUGUUUGUGACAAGUGCUUCACACGUGGAAACAACCUCACUGUCCACCUCAGGAAGAAACACCAGUUCAAGUGGCCCUCGGGGCAUCCUCGCUUCAGGUACAAGGAACAUGAAGAUGGCUACAUGAGGCUGCAGCUGGUGCGUUACGAGAGCGUGGAGCUGACAGAGCAGCUGCUGAAGGACAGAGAGAAGCGGGGGGAGGCACUGGAUGGCUCAACUGAGUGUGUGGUGCUGUCUGAGGGCGAGGGCAACCUGCAGGGCAUCAUUCUGGAGGCCCCUGCAGAGGCUCCCCUGGUGGAGAACAGUAUUACUGAGCUGCAAGUGGCCCCGCUGCACCCGGCCUCUUGCUCUGCUGACAACCCUGAGCCAGCACAGCCCAGUGCCUUCCCAGGAGCAGCGCUGUCAUCGGAGCAAGAACCUGGCACCCCGGCCAACCCCAUCAUCCGUGUGGUGAACCGGACCAACGAGCACGGGGAGAGUGAGACUGUGUAUUAUGUCCUGGCCAGCACAUCCUCAGAGGAGCAGGUGGCAGGAUCUGGCGGGCUGGCUGUGGAGCUGGAGGAGAAUGUCAUGGACCGUCUGCAGAAGACUGCUGAGGAGCUGGGCAUCCAGAUCGUGUAAGGUGCUCACCUGCCUCUGCAUGAGGAGAACUUGGGCCUCCGUGGGAUGUGCU